UGGAACAGCGUCUGUUUGGAAACUCUCUUCGGAACCUCCCCUCCCCCUUCUUCGGACGUGUUGUUCUUUCUUGUCUUUUCUUUCUUUCUUUUAAAGAAGCGAAAGCAGCCGCUGUCUCCCAUUCAGAGCUGAUGUGGGGAAAGGCGGGGGACCAAGUGAGGAAACAGCCACAUGCGUUAUUGCUGGGGCGCUCCCGCUGCAAAGGCUUUUGGCAGCGAUAAUAAGGAUGGUGGGAGCAGAGGAAGAGGGUGACAGAUGUCAGAAGCUCCUCGAACUCUCCGGCUAUUCUGCGAGGGUUGGGGGGGAGACAGAGCAUGCUGCGGGAGCUGGGACAGCCAGCUGCAUGGAGAGCAGGAACUGUUCCACUGCUGCAUACAUUACAGACUGCUCAAUGUGCAGGAGAAUGCUCCUUUGUGGUACAUGAGUGUAAAUACUAUUCUCUGUCUCCUCCCCCUCCUCUACCCUGCUCUCCUCCCUCCCCUCUACCUACUCCCUCUCUCUUCUCCCCAAUCUCUCCUCUGUCCCUCUGCCUCUCCUUUCUCUCUUCUCCCUCGAUUCCCCCCGCUUUAUUCCAUCCCCGUCAUUCUCCGUCUCCCCUCCCCACCCCCAAUAUUUCACAGGGGAUUUCACUUUGCCAGGAUACAGUCUGGUAAAUUUGCAGCAGCCACCACGGAGAGAACACAGGAACCCCCCUUGGGCCCGCUGUGUCCCUUUGACAGAGCAUUCUGGAUUCAGAGACCCCCCCAGCAGGGGUGCUUUGCUGGCAUUCCCAAGCCUCCUGCCAUCCCGCAAGCCUCGCCUGUCCUAUCUCCCCGUUCGGCUGUUUGCUACAUGGAGAAUAAGAGCUGCAAAGGGGAUAGCCUGCGGCCAGCUGUCCAAUGCAAACACACUGUCGAGAAGAAGACAAUGACUAACCCCACGACGGUGAUUGAAAUCUACCCAGACACCACUGAGGUGAACGAUUACUAUCUCUGGUCCAUCUUCAACUUCGUAUACCUCAACUUCUGCUGUCUCGGCUUCAUCGCCUUGGCCUAUUCUUUGAAAGUCCGGGAUAAGAAACUCCUCAAUGACCUGAACGGAGCAGUCGAAGAUGCCAAGACAGCCCGGCUUUUUAACAUCACCAGCUCAGCACUCGCCACUUUCUGCAUCAUCCUCGUUUUCAUCUUCCUGCGCUACCCGCUCACUGACUAUUAGAGCAAGGCCAGCAGCCGCUGCCGAAAUGCCUCAGUGCCAGAAGUGUCCACUGAAUUUCCUCCAGCAAGGACAUGAAACAACAAUCCAUCUUGAUUGCAAAAAAUAAAUACAAAGUAAACCCCACCGAGCAACCCCCACAACUCCCAAACCCUGACUGGUGUUUGAACUUCUGUAGAAAAGGGAAUUACUUUUACAUUUUUUACAGAAAAAUAUUUAUUUUCAUGAUAAACAAAAGUGGGUGAUGACAACAUGCAAAGCUUAGAACUAACCACAACAUGAGCCAAUAGCUGUGUAGCUAGAUGCUGCAACCAUAGUGGCGGCCGAGGAGUCAGAGCGAACAUUGUGUCAUCGACGAUCCGCUGAUUAAAGUUACAUAAGCAGCCCAAGCGCUGAGCUGUGUCUUAGAUGGAAAACAGCAAAUAACCCUAUUGGGAGAGCUGAACUCCAGAUCUACUGGGAAGCAUGUGCACUGAUUUAGAGCUCAAGAGAGGGAGGAAAAAUGCCUGCUACUGCAAGAUAAAACUGAGAAGUAAAGCUGGGCAGAUUCAGGACAUAUCAGACGUGUUCAGCCUGCUACCACGUCCUCUCUCUCUCUCUCCUCUCCUUCCCUUCAUUCCCCUGUAUAUUUUGUUCUUUUCGUCUUUUUAUACAUUUAUUCAUUGAAUUCCAUUUGAAGGCCAAAAUAGCUUACCAUUCCCCGUCCCCAGAGAGCUUUAUCCUUGAGAGUUCAUAGUGGAGAAUCCUGAAGCCUCCCGAUAAACCCCAAAGAAUUAAAACAAAACAAAACUCCUCCAUGGAAUCUCCUGCAAAUGCUGGGAACGUAGGCAACCUUUGGAGAACUUGCAUAUAUCCUGUAUACCGACUCCUACUGUAUUUCUGUAAACUUUCAAUAAAGAUAAUAAUACCUCUGCCCAUCCAA